UGAGUUCUCCAAUCGUCCGCUGGUGUCUUUGAGGUCGCUUCAACCUCUGUAAGUGUUUGUUCUUGGACAAUUAAAGUUAACAAUUAUUCUAUGAAUGUUUGAUGAUUGUCUGAAAUAAGUCCAUUUUCAUAACACUUUUGUGCCAUGUCCUGGAUCAGGAGGAAAAUCAUUUCUGCGGUGUCGUGGGUACCGCAGGUGACUCAAGUACGUUUUCGAUAUCACGCAGAGAGAAGAGCUAAUGGGCCCCUUGUGAGGCGUUAUGGCUACAAAGAUCCACUGGACAUUCGUGGAUUACUCCCUCGACAGAAUCAAAAGAGAAUCGCCGAACAGCCCAUUUAUCGUCCAACAGACAAUUGGUCAGAGCGACGCGCACUUUUCGGUCAGAAUGAUUACAUUGACAUUCUCGGUGAUGACAGCCUCCAUCCGACCCGAAUCCUGUACAACACUCCUUCCUGGCUACGUGGUGCGAAGGGCGGUGAGAUGCAGAUGCUCAUACGAAAGAGGAAAAUAUGGGGCAAAGGUAUCUUCCCCAUUUCAAAUCCAACGAGAUGGAACGACAUCAGAAAGCGGAUUAAAUUUUUGUACAAUUUUUUGAAUCGUAAAACCAGAACUUACAUUAAGAAUUAAAUAUUAUCGACUUGUUGUGGAAUUCAA